AUGGCGUUAUCUUUGGAGGAGCUUCUUGUGGAGGAAGGUUUUAAAGUAAGAUCAUCAGCUAGAUCGUCCUUUAAAGCAGAUGCUGCAAGAAUGUCUUCUUACACUUUCCGAGAUCAACACAUGAAUGAUUCUGUACUGGGACAUAGAUAUAAGACGGAGAGGGCAAGGUCCGAUGUAGCUCGACACAGUUUGAGAAAUGAAUUACCACCAAAUGACAACAGGGGUAGGAGAUCAAGGGAUAAUGUUUUUGGAACAGAGAAAAAAUACGAAGGCUUGAAGAAAGAAAGUAGGGAGAGGCGUUUUAGCUAUCUUAAGGAAGGUAAAAGCUUCCGUCCCAACUUAUCAAAAAACCUACAAAAUGAAAUAGAGGAGGAUCAUAGGCAAGAUGAUGAGAGAUUCAGGAAUAGAUAUUCAAAUAAAUUUUAUAGCUCAGAGAGAGAGAAUGGUAAGUAUUCAAAUGGAGCUAGGGAAAAGGAAGCAUACAAAGAGAGGUCGGGGAGGGAUACAAGAUUGGAUAAGUUGAAUGGGAAAAACUUGGCAGAACAGAUGCUCGGACGUUUGAGUUUUAAUGCCACAAAUAGGAAGAGCAUGAAAAAGCCCAUAAACUCGAAUGAAACGUCUAAGAGACAUUCAUGGAAUAGCAAAAGCAGCUUCGAAGAUAACCAGAGUAAAAAACGUGACAAAGUUGAACAAGUAAUUUCAGAGCCUGCUCUUGACAAAGUUGCUAUCCAAGCCAUAGUCUCCAUCCUAAAUGGAUAUAUUAAACGCUUUCUAAACGAUGAGGAAUUUCGUACUACACUGCAUCACAACUGCUUUUCUUCCCUUACUGGACUUGAAGAAGGGCAUAGUACUGAGAGCAAGGUCAUGGCCACCCUUGAACAAGCCAUUGAAGCAGUAGAAAUGGCUGCUGAGAACUCCUCAAAGGCUAACGAAUUGAAAAAGGCUUCUUUGAAGCUGAGUGUAAUUACAGGGUUAUAUUCGAAUGGUUUGAAGGAUGGGUUCACAUCUGGAAUUCCUAAUUUAAAGUUGUCAGCUUGUGCUCAUCUCUACCUCGGCGUGGUAUAUAAACUACAGGAAAAACAGAGGACUUCAGCAAAGCAUCUUUUGCAAGUAUUUUGCAUUGUACCUUUUCAGGCACGAACAAUUUUGUUACCUGAACUAUGGGACUAUCUAUUUUCUCCGCAUCUCUCACAUUUGAAGGCAUGGUACAACCAGCAAGCUGCUUCUCUAGCAGAUACACCAAGCAGGUCAAGGAAACUGAAGUUUCUUGAAGAAGUGUAUAAUGAGAUUCUUGAUUCUGGUACUAACCAGUUUGCGGUUUACUACAAUGAUUGGCUCACGGAAGGGGUUCAAGCACCUCCCAUUCCAAUCAUCCACUUCCCAGAGCUAUCUAGUUCAAUGGGUUCUUCCUCACCUCAACCUGCGAUCAGUAAAAAACUAUAUGAUGCUGUGAUUGGCCGCUCAAAUGAACCAGGAAUCGACAAAGCUGAAGAAUGGGGGGAGGCAGACGGCUUCAAUGAUUGUAUGAGAAGCUCCGGCGGUUCUGCUGUUGUUAAAGGAACAUUAGCAUACUCUUCGGAGACGGUCAAAUAUAUGAAUUUUGCCGUUGAAGAAGAUUCGAUCAAGAGUGUGAUGGAUGAUGCAUUAUUUCCUGGAAAUGAGCUCUCAUUUAUAGAUGACAAAGAGUGGAGGUUGUAUGGCGUGAGUACUUGGCCUGAAAGUAAUCUUAAUUGUGGCAUUGGUGACGCUAUUAUAUGGCAUGAAGCCACAGGGAAUAGCAACAUGCCCGAUGCAGCAGCACAAGCAAAAGAAAAUGACGAGCUUACGAUCAGAAGCCUAGAACAAUCUAUUUUAGAUCAGCCACACAAUGCGCAUCCGAUCAAAAUAGGGUCUUCUGUUGAAGAGUUACGUGGAAGAGAUGAAUACUCUGGUGAACAUUCUUUUUUCCCGAGCAUUCUUCAAGGAUUUAUUUGCCCACUAACUGGAAAGUUGUUUGAAGAUCCAGUGACCAUAGAGACAGGUCAAACCUUUGAACGGGUGGCCAUCAAGGUAUGGUUUGAUCAGGGAAACAAAACAUGUCCAGUAACAGGAAAACCUUUGGAAUCUCUUGCGGUGCCCCUUACCAAUUUUGUUUUGAAGAGUGUAAUUGACAAUUGGAGAUCAGAACAUUGUAGGAACCUCUUGGUUUUCGCAUUUCAAGUAAUGGAAAACUCAGGCAGACAUGGUCUCAAACACUUGGAUGAAUCUGUUGUUUUCAUGUUAAAGCAGCUUCUCACUGCUUUCAGUGAACAGGAAAAAAGAGAAAAUGCCAAACUUCUUAUAUCUCAUGGUGGCUUGCAUUUUCUUCUUCAAAGGCUUGAAUUGGGAAAGUUAGAAGAGAAGUCACAAGUGGUGGUACUCUUGUCCUGUUGCAUUGAAGCAGAUGCAACAUGCAGAAAUCAGAUUGCAAGAAAUAUCAACAAACGUUGUCUUCUUCAGCUACUCCAGAGCAAGCAGAUUAAGUCGAGAAGAAAUGCAAUGUUGUUGUUGAGUGAACUGAUUUUCCUGAAAAGGUGGAAAGACGUCACUUUAUUUGUAAGAGGCUUGCUGAAUGAAGGGAUAGUGAAUAUGAUGCCUGUUCUGCUAGAGUAUCUCCAGAGUUCUCCAAAGGAUCACAGACCCCUAGCUGCUGUCCUUCUGUUACACUUAGACCUUCUGGUAGAACCUAAAAAAUACAGCAUAUACAGAGAGAAGGCAAUUGAUGCCAUUACAGUGGCUCUUGAGGACAGCUUGGUGGAUGAGAAGGUCCAAGAAAAGUGUUGCCAAGCACUUCUCAUCUUGGGAGGGCGUUUCUCUUUCUCUGGGAAGUUAUUGACAGGGAGUUGGACCCUAAAGCAAGCAGGAUUUAAAGAUAUAUGUGGUGGGAAUUCUCUUGAAAAUGAAGAUGAAAAUUUAUUAGUUGAUGACACUAUCUCAUUGGAUGAUGAAGAGCAGGCAAAUGAAGAGUGGUUGAGUAACUUGUCAGCAGCAUUGCUUACUAAUGGGAAAAAGUCAUUCUUAGAUACCAUUUCUAAGUGUCUUGGUGCUGGUAACUUGGACGUGGUGAGGGUCUGCCUAACGACCGUGGCAUGGUUGAGUUGCGCACUUUGUUUACAAUCCAAUGCUGAGUUCCAGCUCUCUGCCUUCUCAGCCGUCAUCUCUGGGCUGAAAGAAAACCUAGAGAAUGGUGUGCAGAUGGAGCACAAGAUCCUUGCCUCGAUGUCUCUGCUCAAUUUCAGCAAAAUCUCAGAAUGCAGAGUUCUUUUAAUGGCAAUUGCGGAAGAGAUUGCAGCUUCUCUAGAAAGUCUAACUAAAGUAACAUGGACUGCAAAGCAGCUAUAUGCCAUUGUUUCUGGUGGAGAUCCGUCUGCUCAAUUUGUCAUUGGUGUCCACAAAGUUUUGAAGCUAAAGAGUCACACUUUGGACAGGGGCGCUGGUGUCUUUGCUAUUAUCAGAACAUUAAGUUUUGAAAGUUCUUAUUUGGUUAGGAAUGCUCAAGAGAGCAUUGGUGAAUUAACGCGUUGCAGGCCAUAUUGUAGAUGA